AUGGCCACGCAGCUUGUUCCGCUCCCCGAGGUGGAGCGGCUCAGUGCAUCAGUAGUGAGAAUCCUAGCUGGAAAUCCUGGGAAGUUCACUUUGCAAGGAACGAACACAUACCUCAUUGGUCGUGGUCCCCAACGUCUCCUCAUCGAUACAGGCGAAGGGCUUCCACGAUGGCGGACACUGCUCCAGUCUGUGCUGCAGGAGGAGAAAGCAACGGUACACAAAGCGCUUAUCACCCAUUGGCAUCAUGACCAUGUUAAAGGGAUCCCUGAUCUUCUCCAGGUCUGUCCUCAUGCGACAGUACAUAAACACAUGCCGGAUGAAGGACAGACAGACAUUGAAGAUGGUCAAGUCUUCAAGGUCGAGGGAGCUACUCUGAGAGCAUUUCACACACCCGGUCACACCGUCGAUCAUAUGAGUUUCAUUUUCGAAGAAGAAGAUGCUAUAUUUACCGGCGAUAAUGUGCUAGGUCACGGUACGGCAGUGUUUGAAGACCUGGACUCAUAUCUUUCCAGCUUGCACAAGAUGCAGAACCAGGUCUCAGGCCGAGCGUAUCCAGGUCACGGUGCAGUGAUCGAGAACGCUACCGCAAAGAUAGUUGAGUAUAUCAAGCAUCGACAGCAGCGGGAGGACGAAGUGCUGCGAGUGCUGAGAUUUGGCAAACUGGAUGGAGAUGCAGACCAGAAAAGCCCAUCCCCGGAGCGAAGGCAAUCCUGGAGUCCAAUUGAGUUGGUGAAAGUGAUAUAUCACAACAUACCAGAGAGCCUCCAUCUGCCAGCGACUAACGGGGUCAUACAAGUGCUGAUGAAGCUGGAGAAGGAAGGCAAGGUUGAGCAUGACCGGUUAUCAGGAAAGUGGAGUUCGGCAUUGACUUGGUCACUCGGGUAA